UUAAAAUGUGUCAAAGUCGCCGCCUACUUCUGAAGUCUGCCCCGCUUCGUAAUUCUACUAUGGAAUGGGGCAGGCAUCAUCACCACGCAGCGAGCGCAGACUCACAGAAGCUCAAGAUCACUUAGCACCUUAGAACAAGAGUAUCCGCAGCCAUGAGCAGCAGCCUGAAAGAUUACUUGAAAAGGUAUGGCUCUGCCGCUGCCGCACCUUCCGACCCAACGUCGAAACAGAAGAAACGCAAGAAACGUAAACCGGAAUCCACAAUUGGAACGACACGAAUUAUAGACGAGGAGGUGGACGAUUGGAAGAACGUGUCUCGGAAUAGCGAUGACGACGAGGAUGUCGCGCCUGUUGUGGUGCUGGGCAAUGGCGACGAACCUGCGGUGGAAGACGGGGAGGCAGCUCCAUUUACGACCGCCAAUUGGGCGGUGAUAAGAGAAGGAGAAGGCCAACCCGUUACGGGAGCAGAUACCAGAGGCCGACGUCGGUCACCUUCACCAUCAGUAUCACCCCCGCCAAACGGUCGCGAAACAGCUCGAAGAUCCCCAUCCCCAUCCCCAUCCCCACCACCCCGAAAGCGCCGCCGACGAUCACCCUCCCCCACUCCGCCACCCUCAUCCGCACAUCCCAAAAGCUCAGGGAAGAUGCAAGGAGGCCUACGCUCCAGCGACGACAUCCGAGCCGAAGCGGCCGCGGCGCGAGCCGAACAGCAAGCCGCGUUCGCGUCCGCAACAGGUCGGGACGCGCCGACGAUCUACCGUGACAAACUCGGUAAAAAAGUCGACAUCGAGGCCGAGAAAGCCGCGUUGCUCGAAGCACGACGAAAGAAGGAGGAGGAGGAAGCGGGAAAAGUCAAAUGGGGGAAAGGCAUUGCACAGCAUUCCGAAGAGGAGGCGCGGCGGAAGAAACUGGAAGCGAUGAAGGAUGCCCCCUUCACUGUGUAUGCAGACGAUAAGGAGCGGAACAAGGAGCUCGCGGACCGGGGACGGUGGGGCGACCCGAUGGCGUUUAUGACGGCGAAGAAGAAGAAAGAGGUCCGGAAACGCUAUGCGGGGCCGCCGCCGCCGCCCAACCGGUUUGGGAUUGAGCCGGGGUAUAGGUGGGAUGGGGUCGAUCGGUCCACUGGGUUUGAGAGGAAGUGGUUUCUGGAACGGAAUCGGAAUGAGGCCGUGCGGUUGGAGGCUUAUAAGUGGUCCGCUGAGGAUAUGUGA